AUGUUGAUGAAAUACGAAGACCUGCAAACCAGACAAAGCGAUAUUAAAAAUUUCCAGAUUACGAGGGAAAUUCAGCGGGUAAGUGUUCUGAGUUCUGCUAUCAUCACAGUUGAUUUUUAUACAGUGGACACUUUAGGCUGCAAGUAGAAUUGACUAAAUUUUACUAUUAAAACUUUUGACAUCGUCAUUUAAAUUGACAUACAUAAAGGAAGGUAUGAAACCUUCCUGCCUAUGAGAAUAAUUUUCCUCGUAAAUCCUGCUUUGGUCGGUUUAGCGUUUCGAAUGCAGAUGAGGGUCCAUCGUCUGGGGUUUAGAUAGCAUAAGGCCGGCGUAUUCUAAAACUACAGUUGCGAGAGCAAAUACCUUCCUGGGAAGUAGGCUGGCCGGUGAGGCUACCGGUCGUGGUGAUUCUUGACCGUAGAAGCAUUUUCAGACUCCUACCGCUCCCCUACGUGACGCACCCACCGGGAUAGGAUUUGGACUCAAUCAACACUUGGGGAUGGGGCGAUACUCCCCCCUCGGAGCGAAAUGUUCCUCAACUACACUUAAGACAUCAGUCUACUACACUUCAGGUCCAACGAAAGUUGAAGGUUUAUGACCUCGUAUAUGAUCUGUUCCUGCUGGUUUAUUUUGAUUUUGCAUUUACUGUCUUCAGUAUCUUCAAAAUGAGGACUACGACGGCAUGGUCACAACUGAAAUUUUUAAUUCAGAGCGCACCUAUGCUCAACUCAAAAAGGCAAGUUCCCGCUUGAAUCCUACCUCCUCGUUCAGUCCUCCCUGAUAAACCGUCUUAUUGAGUUCAUCCUUAUUGGAAUUUCUUUUGUCACUGAUAGAUUCCGUGAAGUUAUAUUUGGGCUAUCUGUUAAACUGAUACGUGAAUUGCACCGUCUUCAUUUGCAGUAAAUGCCUGGUCACGACUAAUCGAUUCACUCAACCUUGUCCUUUAUCAGACUGGAUAUGUGGACGUUUUCAUCAAAACAUCCGCUUUAUUGUUAUCCUAAGAGAAAACCCGGGAUUUCAUUCUCCAUUUGACCGAAAUCCUUUUUGGCAGGAGAACAAAGCGUCGGCAUAAUUUGGCAGAAAUUGUCACUAUAGCAAGUAGACCGUCUCGAAGCGUCAUCUCCAACGAUUUACUAAAUGAACGUGUUUAUUUCUAUUUCGUGGGGGGGGGGGAAUGGUUUUGACUGUGUUAGUGUUAAUUGUCCGUCUGAACUAAAUACUCGUUUCAUCUUCUUGCGUAUCCCGUAGGUUGGCCGACUAGAGCAGCCGUGGCUCAGUUGAGAAGUGAAUCCUCGAGCACACGCGAUCUAAGGCCCGAGGGUGAACAUCAUAGGAUUUGAUUAUUCGAUUGAGGCAAUCGUACAAGGCUAAUUGCUAUCGGACUCUUCCAUUAUGCCUCUGACUAAACCACUUCAUUCUUGCAAUAUUCUCCGAGCUUCUUUCGCCAGUAGUGGCGACAUUCGUAUAACUCCUUUAGUGGCUCCCGCUUUCUCAUUGAUGGGACUACCCUUAAUACACUCGAAAGUUGGCCAUGAGUUUAGAAGAGGCCUCAACCGAUGUAAGGAUCACCCUAUUUCGCCAUGCCAGAUAGCUAUCAACUGUCUAACAAUUAACUAGAUGCCAGUCUUGUGGUACAUUGCGAAUUCCAUACGCACUAGCAUUCUGAAUAGGACCAAUUCCAUAAUCCAUCUGUGAAGUCUAUAAGACCGCUUUCUCGCCUACUUUAGAAAAGUAAAUCAAAAGAAUAAGGAUAGAAUAUGCGCCUUCAGCGUACAGGGAUGGGGGUAUUAAAGACUGUCGACAACUGAAUUCGUUCUACCACCUCAAAGAUGAACAAAUGCUUAACUAUGAAAGACAUACAGUGAACGCCCACUGACCUAGUGGUCUCUGUCGUUAGCCUUUGGUCACGGAGGGACUAGUGAGAAUCUCAGAUCAAGUGGCAAGACGCCAAUGCCGACGAAGUUUUAAGACGUAUUGGUAGUCAGUACUACGUGCCAAACACCUGCCUAUGUCGGCUUUCUCCCUCGACGUUUGAAUUGAGUCCUAUUGUCCACUUGGAAUAUGUAGAAAAAGUCCUCAUAAGUUCGAUAACUAAAAGAAUCAGUUCUGUCAGAGCAAUGAGAAGGAUGAGUGGACGGUUGUUCUUAGACACACUGUACGAAUGGUAUCACUUUCUUCCCAAUGUCAGUCAACAUGGUCCCCUGUCAAAGCCAGACCAUUGACUUUAUUUCUUUAUAUAUGCACAUUCGUCUGCAACCGGGAGGCCUGAUUAGCAUCAUCAAAUGAAAAUAUGAGCAAACUGUCAAAGCAUUGUGCUUAUCUGUCAUGUCGAGACCUCACUACCGCUUAAUACAAUUUCUCCUAAAUCGAUUUAGUACUGUUGUCCUUGCCGUAAUCCGCAUUCCAUCCUUCUAUACCAAUAAGUAACUCGUCUAUCUGUGAGAAGAUUAUUUAAUCUUUAGUCUUCUUCAUGACAUGCACGUCUAUAAUUUCAAUGUUGGCCGUAUUGCCAUUGCAGAAUCAUGAGCGACAAAUGGAGUUCCUCAAAAGUAGAAUCAAAUUUUACAAGGAGAAACAAACUGAAAAAAUGAGAAAAGAAAACAGUCGCCUGACGAAGGAACUCAGUGACUUGAAUGUUUCCGUUUGGGAAGCCCGGCAUAUUUACGAGCAAAUACGUUAGUUGAUAUCAUUACAUUUGCGCAUCUUAUAUGAUCGUGUGUGGAUGAUAUUCACCUGUACACUAACAUUUGAGCAUUUUAUCAUAUUUUGGAGAACGAAGAGGAUCAUUUAACUAGGCCACCCAACAUUACUUGCAUCCUUUUAACUUGUAGCCUUCGCAAUGCCGGAUUUUGUUCGUGCAGAAUCCUGUUACAAGUCUCUUCUUCACCGCACUCACCUGAGUAAACUCAUCAAGGUGCAGGAGCAACAGCUGAUGGCACUACGGGAAGAAUUAGAGAGGAUGCACCUUCGAAAUUUCCCAAAUCUUUCCGACAGUCCUUGA